GAAAUCGGAGCCAAGGUCACCCAUUCCCAGAAAUGCCAUGACCAGUGUCCACCCAGAGGUCCCACCAAUGGAUGAGAUGCCGCAAACAGAGCAGCCAAAUGUCAUCAGUCUCAGAAAUGAGGCCGACUUAGCGGAGGUCCUGGAGCGUGUCACGAAAACUGGUCAGAUCUUGGUGGUGGAUUACUACGCACCCUGGUGCCGGGCCUGUCAGAAGCUCUUGCGCUACAUGCAUAAGAUUGCUCCCGAACCCAAACUUCGCAAUGUGGAGUUCGCAACGGUGGAUUUUGACCGAUCGGAAGAGUUGGUGAAGAGUAGGCAUGUUGAUCGACUUCCCACAAUGGAGAUCUACUGUGGUCAGAACUUGAAGCAGCGUUGGAGUGGUGCAAACACCAGGAGGUUCUCGGAGCGCUUAGAAAGUGCGAUUGAUGAGUUCGCGGGUGUGGUGAGUGUUCGCCUUCAACGUUUACCUUCGCCAUUGGGGAUGAAACCACCAGCAUCCAGAAAGAUGUCGUUUCUCGGCACCGGCACUUGGCCACUGGCUGACAUCUUCCCCGCUGAGACUAGCACCUUCGUGACGAACAUGCGAGGAAACUGUGGCAUUCUACGGAAUGAAACCCGGUUGGUCGUGAUGCCAGAGUUGCAAGGCCGCGGCAUCGGGCCAAAGAUGGCAGAGAUACAAGGCGAUGGCAUCGGGCCAAAGAUUCAAGGCUAUCUUUGGUGCACUACCGAGAGCGUCAGGCAAGCCGAGCCACCUGCAAGCUGGAUGUGGCAAGCGAGGCAGCUGACUUCUCGGCUCAUCGCUGGGGAGUUGGUGGAAGUCCUUGGUUGGUUGGGGGUUCACACCAUGUCGGCAGAUCGGCUCUCACCUUGGCGGCGAACUGGAGAACAGCAGGGAAAGGUUUUGGCAUGCCUUUCCAAUGAAGAGGAGGUCCAUGAGGGCAAGCUGUUCAUGGGCCACGUCUUGGCGGUCGAGGACGGAUACUAUGAGUAUUGGGUCAACGAGACCUAUGGCAGGGGCUGCCUUCCCUUUCGGGUCUCUCCGGACACCUUGAGGACCUGCACCUCCUUGUCGCUGAUGUUCGAUGACUACUCUGCGACGUUUCAUAUUGACAGAAACACCCGCGGCAUCAGUUGUCUGAUGGCCCUUGGUGACUAUGGCAACAGGGGCCAGCUACUCAUGGCCAACGAGAGCCAAAAUGAAAAUGAGGAGGGCGACUUGACGACGACCGUCACCGUCACCCUUGCAGCCAAGGGUCUUCAUUCCCUGGGAACUCAGGAUGCUCUUGGUAGAGCUCAGAUUGCAUCUGCAGCGAGACACGCCCGACCCCAUUCCCUCAUUGAGAUGCCGGAUCUCACAUGCACGAUCAAGCGCGCCCUGGCAUUGCAGAUUUUUCAUGAGGAGAAAAUCUUGGAAAUGCGGCCUGGAACUGAGAGGUUCAAAGGGCUGAAGGAAGGAGAUACCAUAACCUUCCACUGGUGCAGUGGCGAGAGGCUCCUUGUGAAGGUGAUGUGUGACCCUCAUAUCUACAAGUCAGCGGAGGAGGCCUUCAGGCAUGUGGUGUUGAGACCAUCUUGCAUUGGUCAAUUCCUUGGAACAAACUACCAUGGUGAGCUGGUGGUCUUUGAAGUCUACCCGUUGGAGUGGAAGUCGGAUGUGCCUAGCAAGAGCUCAAAGAAGAAUGAGGCCAAGCUGAAAAAACAGCACUUGAAAAGGAUCCACGUGAUGGAUCCAAGUGAUCAGGGGCCCUGGCCACCUACUAAGGUGAGCCCCGACACCAUGGACACCAUGCCCCUGGACAUUGACUUCCUUGAUGCUGAUGCUGGUUUCGCUGAUGGGGCCCGCCGACAAGCAGCCAAGGACCACACUCCCUUGGAGGCUGUUCCACCUGAGCUGACCGAGAAGGAGGCGAAUCUUCUUGGUGACGUGGAAGAGGGGGAUAAGGAUGAGAUGGCCGAUGUGUAUGGGAAACAACUGGCUUGUGUGAAAGCUGCCAAAAUACAAUCGGCCCAGGCUUUGCUUGACAAGGCGAAUGGGAAGGGACGUGGCCGUGGCAAACGUGCCAAAGGUACUACCCCUACGCCAGAUGCCCCCGAUGUCCCAGAUACCCCAGAUGCUUCAGAAAAGGCUUCUCAAGGGUCUCCAGAGAAAGACCUUCAAGCAUUGCCUAUUCAGGUCCCAUCCAACGUUGCUGAGAAGAAGUCCUUCACAAUCAAGCCCCCACAGGAUUGCUCAGGUUCAGGCACUAUCGGCAUCUUGUGGACUUUGGACCAGAUCUAUGUGACCAAGGUGAUCAAUGAAUAUGAGGACGUAGACAUGUGCGAGCUCUUCUGUGGUCAGGGGGAGCUGACUAGGUUUAUGAUGGCCCUGACGAAGGUCUUGAG